AUGACCAACUCCCUAGAGUCCUCGCGCCCCAUGCUAGCCAACUCAGCAGGCAACCGCGCCUCAACACGCAUGUCCACGUACAGCGCCACCCCAACCCUUACACCCUCAAUCGCGCCCUCGCACCUCUCAGGAGCCUCUUCCACCUCGGGCGAUCUCAAAUCCCAGGACAUCAAGACGUGGAAUGCGGGCUUCGAGCGCCUCGAAGACCAACGACUCGUCCAGCAACGGUACAAGCUCACGAGCGAGAAGACGGACGACAUGAGCAAGCUGGCGCUGGGGGCAAAACUAGACCGCGCACUUGCCCGACGCAUGUCUGGCCAGGAUGCCGUCUUCCGGCCAAAGGCGUUCAACGAGAAGAAUGUGCAGGCAUAA